UAUGCUUUUAUUAAUAAUACCGAGCCUAUACUACAUUCCACCAUACACCAGAUUCGGGUCCUGCUCCUAACUGCACAAGCAUAGCUCUUUCGGCCACGCUCCCGCAGUUGUGAUCGGGGAAUGGUGCGCAAGAGCGCGAUCUUGAUUGGGGUCGGCGCCACCGUCGCCAUCGGUGGUGCUGGCUACCUAGCAUAUCACCUUAGAAGCAACUCCAAGGCGGUCGCAGUUUCCUCUGGUGAAGGGGUCGCAAACGGGUCUGUGGCGCCCGAGCCUCUGAUCACGUCGGAGGUUCAGGAAGACCGUUCCCAUCCCGCUGAUGGCGCUGCCGAGGCGACACCAGACCCGUUAUCCGCGAUGCUGAAGGGCAACGAGGCUCUACUCUCUGAACAGGAGCGGGCGCUGGUUUCGGAGCUGCUCCAGCUGGACCAGGGACACCUGUUCGAGGGCUGGCCGGAGCCGGGCACCGCCGACUCCAGCAAGCGCCAGCUGGUGGAUCAGCUGGUGUUACUGCAUCGCAGCUACCACGGGGGGCUGCCCGCGUACGUGCGCAACGCCAAGAAGCUGCUGCAGGAGUCGAGGGAGGGUACCAACCCCUUUGAGGGCUACGUGCCCAGUGUGCCCAGCGGCGUGCGGCUGGACUUCGGCUCGCCCGACUACCUGGC